AUGGUACAAGACGGCGUUAUCAACUUGAGCGAGGCUCUCUCAGCGUUACCUCCAGUCCCUGCCUCCCACAAGCAACUCCGCACCCAAACAAAAACCACCAUUCAGGACAAAUCAUCACCAGCUCCUGUGCUAGUUAUCCUUGACGACGACCCAACUGGUACCCAAACCUGUCACGAUAUCACGAUUCUCACCGUAUGGGAUGUCCCAACCAUCGUCUCAGCCUUCAAACAAGUCGGAACCGGCAAUGGCUUCUUCAUCCUCACAAACUCACGCGCUCUCCAUCCCCCUCAAGCACGUGAUCUUAUGCUUGAAAUAUGCACCAACCUGAAAUCGGCCUCUCAAGAAGUUGGUCUUCCGUACGAGAUUGUGCUCCGUGGUGAUUCUAUCCUCAGAGGUCAUUUCCCUCUCGAGCCCGAAGCCGUGGAACACGUUAAUGGACCUUCUGACGCCUGGAUUCUAUGUCCUUUCUUUCUUCAAGGUGGACGUUACACCAUGAACGACAUUCAUUACGUUCAUGAAGGCAACCAUCUGAUCCCAGCUGCGGAUACACCAUUUGCCAAGGAUGCUACAUUCGGCUAUAAGAGUUCCAAUCUGCGGGAUUAUGUUGUGGAAAAGUCUAAGGGCCAAAUUCCACAGAGCAAUAUCGACUCUAUUGACCUCGAGACUAUUCGGGUUGGAGGACCGGAUGCUGUUUUCCAGAAGAUUAUGCAGCUGCCUAAGCGAAAGAAGACACCUGUCGUGCUGGUCAUUAACGCCGCGGCCGAUGAGGAUAUGGAUGUAGUCAUCACAGCACUGCUAAAGGCUUCUCAACAGGGAAAGAAAUUCUUAUACCGCACAGGUGCUGCUUUUGUUUCAUCACGCCUCGGAAUUUCGUCCAUACCUCCUCUGUCGGCUUCUCAGUUGGGUCUAUCCAAGGACGUCGGUGGUCUGAUCAUUGCAGGAUCAUACGUCCCCAAGACCACUGCACAGCUGGACUCUCUGGUUACCAAGUCAGGCGACAAACUAACAACGAUUACGCUCAACGUCAAGGAGCUACUCAAGUCCGAUGACUCGGCCAAGAAAGACGUCGCAAACGCCAUCGAACUGGCAUCUGAAAAGAUCAAGAAUGGCCACGACGUGUUGGUUAUGACGAGCAGAGAGCUUAUUGUCGGAAAGGAUGAGGUGGAGAGCCUGGACAUUGGAUCAACAAUAGCCAAGGCGUUGGUCUCUUUCCUUCAGAACCUGGAGCAGAAGCCGAGAUACAUUGUUGCCAAGGGAGGUAUCACGUCGUCUGAUAUGGCGACUAAGGGGUUGAGAAUGAAGAGGGCUCUCAUCGUGGGGCAGGCUGCUCCUGGUGUUCCGAUGUGGCGAUGCGAUGAGCCGGAGUCUAAAUGGCCGGGGCUGAAUUAUGUUGUCUUCCCAGGAAAUGUUGGUCAUAAUGAUAGCCUGUACGAAGUUGUUAGGCAGUGGAGGGAGUUUAAGUAG